GGUAAUUAUAUAUAGGAUAUAGAUAGCUAAUGUCAAAGAAUUCUUGUGAUACCGGUGAUCGGCCCCGUGUUAUUGUUUUCGAUCUUGACGGAACGCUUUGGGAUCCUGAAAUGUAUCAGCUAAGCGGUGGUGCACCAUUUCGCCCAGACGAAAAAAAUCCUGAUGUUGCGAUUGAUCGAAUAAAUACAAAGGUUUCUCUUAUCGGAGAAACUCGAAAUGUUCUUCAAGAUCUUAUUGUGAACCCCAAAUGGAAGGAUACAUACCUUGCGAUUUCCUCAACGUGUGAUAUGCCGGAGUGGGCGGAAAGCCUGCUUGACCUGUAUAAAUUCAAAGACACCAAGGGGAAAAUGAUGCCUAUGGUAUCUUUAUUUUCUGAUCGAAGGGAAAUCUAUUACGCCGGAAAGGAUGACCAACAUAAAAGGAUUCUCAUGAAGGUACGUCAAAUUGAUAAAAGUGUAAAUGAUUUUUCUCAAAUGUUAUUUUUUGAUAACCAGAGAAAUAAUGUCAGCACCGUAUCUAAACUUGGAGUAACGUGUUAUUAUUGCCCGCAGGGUCUUGUUCCUGGAACUUUUCAAAAGGGAUUGGAGCUAUGGCAAAAAAAUAAUCUUGCAUCUUUGUAAUUAUUUGUAUUGUUUUAAUUUUCUGUUUUAUGUUCACAUUUUUCAAACAUAUGUGAGUUUCAUAAAUUACAUGAUUAUAAUAUUUUUAUUUUAGUUGAAUAGUAACAUCAAGAAAA